AUGCAAUCGUCCGCUUCGAUUCUUCUGGUUCUUGCCACAAUCUCUUGCUGCAAUGCUCUGCUCUUUGGCCUCAUCGGAACAGAGCAGUCUGUGGCAGUCACGGGAAAGCUGACAUGCAAUGGAGAGCCAGCGGCACAUGUUCGUGUGAAAUUGUAUGAGAAAGAAGCCACACUCGAUGUGUUGUUGGGCGAGGGAACUACGGAUGAGAAUGGAGAAUUCUCGUUGCAAGGACACAAGGUUGAAGUCAGCACUAUCGAUCCGAAAUUGAACAUCUAUCACAAGUGCAACUACAAAGGAGUAUGUUUCGGAGAGGAGAAAUGCUACCAGAAAUCUUCGCUCACUAUCCCAGAUAACUUUAUUACCGAAGGAGAGGUUCCACAAAAAACAUUCAACAUGCCUAGCUCUACUAUAUUGAUCCUUUUCGUUUUGGUCUCCUCAUGUCUUUCGAUCUCCAUCGAAAUCGGAAAUCUCCAAUCGGUUGCCGUCAACGGAACACUAUUGUGCAACGACAAACCAGCCAACAACAUCAAAGUGAAGUUGUACGAAGAGGAAGCCAUUCUUGACGUUCUUCUUGACGAGAGAUUCACCAGCGAAAGCGGCACCUUUGAGAUGUCGGGAUCCAAGUCUGAAGUGACGACGAUCGAUCCAAAGUUGAACAUCUACCACAAAUGCAACUAUGACGGGAUCUGUGUUCGCAAAAUCUCCAUUAUGAUUCCACCUGAGUAUGUGACCAACGGAGAGAAACCAGCUCGUGUCUAUAACAUUGGAGAAAUCAAUUUGGCUUCCAAAUUCAGUGGUCAAUCCACUGAUUGCUUCAACUGA